CGAGUACUCGGAGGAUGGUUACGUCUUCACGGACGAAGACAUGUCAGUCCACCAUGAUCCCAAUUCUCCCCUCCUCUCCGAGAUCUUCGAACCCCGGAUCCCUGGCAAGCCUUUUGCUCGGAACAACAGGAUGAACUUCUACACCUACAUGGUGCAGGAGGGGAACCUUGCCCAGUUGCUGUUUGCGAAGGCACCGGGGGUGGAUCCGAAGGAGUACGCGGUGGCUGCGCUGGUGCAUAAGGGAAUGCCGCCGACGUUUAUUACACAUGGUGAUGCCGACCAGCACGUUGGCCUAGAGCAGGCUCACGAGGUUGUGAACGCAAUGAAGAAAGAAGGAGUAGACUUCUACUUCGAGGAGUUACCCGGUUUGCCGCACGGAUAUGACGGGAAGGAGGAAGUCGAGAUGAAGAAGAUGUACGAGUGUUUGUUGAAGCAUCUGUGAGAUAGAUUCCCGGGAAGCA